AUGCAGAUUGUCCCAAUUCCAGUUCGUCAAGAUAACUACGCAUAUUUACUCAUUGAUGAUGCCUCAAAGACUGCUGCUGCAGUAGACCCUUAUGAUGUAAACAAGGUCGUCGCUGCAGCAGAUAAUCUUGGCGUUCAGCUCGUAGCGGGAAUUACUACACAUCAUCAUUUCGAUCAUAGUGGAGGAAACAAGGAAUUCGUUUCAAAGUUCCCUGGUGUGCCUAUCUACGGCGGCAGUGACAAGAUACCUGCAUUAACCAACUUGGUCAAGGAUAAAGACGAAUUUACGCUCGGUGAUAUCCAUAUCAAGUGCUUAUCGACUCCAUGCCAUACUCAAGACUCUAUCUGUUACUAUGUCACCGAUACUGUAAACAAGAAUCAUCAGGGAGGCGUUUUCACUGGUGACACACUCUUUAUCGCCGGGUGCGGUCGUUUCUUCGAAGGCGUCGGUUCAGAGAUGGAUGCAGCUUUAUCCUAUUUGGGUACUCUUCCUGACAGCACAAUCGUCUACAAUGGCCAUGAAUAUACCAAUGGAAGUCUUGCAUUUGCCAAAACCAUCGAACCAGAGAAUAAGGCUUUUGCGAAACUUGAUGAACUAGUCAAAAGCAAUGAGAUUGUUACCGGACUCACGACAAUAAGGGAAGAAAAAGAGUGGAAUAUAUUCAUGCGUCUUGGUAAUGCCACAGUAAGACAAGCUGCCGGAGUGUCUGCUGAAGCCUCUGCUAGCGUUGUAAUGGAUGCACUCAGAGAAAAGAAGAACAAUUUCAGAGGGUAG